CGCUGCUUCCCAUUUCUACACCUCGCGCUCUCUCUCUAAACCUCCUUCAUCUUCUCUCAACCUCCUUCCGAGCGAGCAGAGCAAUUCUUCGUUCUUCUUCGUCGCGUUUGCUAAAUCUUUAGGUGAUCACUGAAAAUGGAGGAGGAAGGAGGAAACGGAGGGUCUCGGAAACGCGUGAGACCAUCUGAUGAAGAGGAGAAAGAAGGAGAGACGGGAGAUGGAAUGAGCCUUGAUGAGAAUGAGACGACGAAACUUGUUGCUUCUGAUGAGAUGGAACUUCGCAUUUCUCAAAUUCUCGACAAGAUUGAGAGCUUCACUCAGACUGUUUCUAAUCUGCUAGAUUCAGGGAAGACAAUGCUCAAGGAACUCAGUAACGAAUUUGAAGAACGCUUGAUCAUGAUACACAAGGAACAUGUUGAGAAAUGGCAGGAGGAGAUCAAGGAGUUGCGUUUGCUUGAUGCAUCAAACGAGGAGACUACUUCCCUCUUGCACAACGCUCGCAUUCUGAUUCAGAAUCCUAACAUUGACGCUUAAGGUGGCUUACUAGAGCAUACUGUAUUUAAAAUGAUAAAAGGCUGUCUCAUUGGGGGAUAUUUUCGUUCACAUGUUUUGUCGGUUCUACUUCUAGUUAUGUAAGCGUGUUUUAGCUAAACGAUGUUAUACUAAUGCUAAUAAUUUUACGAGAAAACGAUGUUGAUUCAAAAAAUAUACUCCCCCGUCUCGAAAUA